AUGUACAGAGAACGAUUGCGAGUAGAUGGCCUGUUAUCAAAUUGCCAAACUGGAGACAGAAUCGCAAUGGUAGCUCCUUUAAGUAAAGCUUUACCGAGAUCUGUCCUUAUUGGUAAAUACAGGGCAACAGUUAUUCACCAAGGACAAGAAAAUCACAAUCAAGCUGAAAUCUCAUGCAAUAAAUGCCUAAAGAAAGGUCACAAAUUUUCGCAGUGUCCAAAUGACUGGGUUUGUCUUCAUUGUAACAAACAAGGACACAGACAAGCAGAGUGUAAUUCGCAUCUAAGUGAAAGUGACGACACAGAAGACGACAAUUCAGAUGAGGAUAAGUCAGAAACAGAAGACUCGGUGCAGACAUCACAAUCAAUACUGCAACCAAUCCCCAAUGACAGUCAAACAGUAUCAGAUAUAGCUCCACUCAGUAAUGAUCAAACAGACACUUCUACCAACAAAAGUGCAGACAACGACAAUACAUACAUGAACAAUCAUGACUCAGGAUUGGAAGCUAUAAACACCAACACUCCAAUAGAUGGUUCGCACAAAAAAAGAAGAAAAAAAAAAAACUGA